UAUACCAGACCCCUCCAUCCUGACCUAUAAUACACCUCCACAUCACACACUUAUCUAUGUACAUAGCCAUACCAGAUAUACACUAUAUUGCCAAAGGUAUUGUCCCCGCCCUCCAAUCAUGUGAUUCAGGUGUUCCAAUCCCCUCCAUGGAUACAGGUGUAUACAAUCAUCACCUAGACAUGCAGACUGCUUCUACAAACAUUUGUGAAAGAAUGGGUCGCUCUCAGGAGCUCAGUGACCCCAAUCAAUAGCUAAAGACCUCCAUACUUGGUGUGGCCUUCAGAUUAGCCCAACAACAGUGCAUAGAGAGCUUCAUGGAAUGGGUUUCCAUGGC